AGCCUAAACCAGAUCCCUGGGAAUUGAGUAAAAAAACCGGUUUGGAGGCAGAAAGGAAAUGAACAUAGCAACCUCCAAUGCACAAAGAGAGAUUCCUAUUCAUAUGCACGUAGGAUCCGAAGCAAAGAAACAGCAGGAUAUCUUUUACUAUCGGAGAACGCGGAGCACCACAAACAGGAACUUUAAAGGAAUUGAAAUCUGUUGCCUGUUCCACUAGGAAUAUUGUUUGCAAGGCACAAGGUGUCUUUUGGUAGUGAGCACCCUCUGCGCAUGCGCAGGUCCAUUCGGGAAUUACUGCCCUGCCGCCGACUAAGUUGCAUUCCUUGAAUCUUCGCAGAAAAGACAAUUCUUUAAUCAGAGUUAGUAAUGUGGACAGUACAAAAUCGAGAGAGUUUGGGGCUUCUCUCUUUCCCUGUGAUGAUUGCCAUGGUCUGUUGUGCACACAGCGCCAACGAGCCCAGCAACAUGUCAUACGUGAAAGAGACAGUGGACAGAUUGCUUAAAGGAUAUGACAUUCGCUUGCGGCCGGACUUUGGAGGGCCCCCCGUGGACGUCGGGAUGAGGAUCGAUGUCGCCAGCAUAGACAUGGUCUCCGAAGUGAACAUGGAUUAUACUCUCACCAUGUAUUUCCAGCAGUCUUGGAAAGACAAAAGGCUUUCUUAUUCUGGAAUCCCACUAAACCUCACACUAGACAACAGGGUGGCUGAUCAACUCUGGGUACCAGACACCUACUUUCUGAAUGACAAGAAAUCCUUUGUGCAUGGGGUUACAGUGAAAAAUCGCAUGAUCCGCCUGCAUCCUGAUGGAACAGUUCUCUACGGACUCCGGAUCACAACCACAGCUGCGUGCAUGAUGGAUCUACGGAGAUAUCCUCUGGAUGAACAAAACUGCACCCUGGAGAUUGAAAGUUAUGGCUACACCACUGAUGACAUUGAGUUUUACUGGAAUGGAGGAGAGGGCGCAGUGACAGGAGUGAAUAAAAUUGAGCUCCCUCAGUUUUCAAUUGUUGAUUACAAGAUGGUGUCCAAGAAGGUGGAGUUCACAACAGGGGCAUACCCACGACUGUCACUAAGUUUUCGUCUAAAAAGAAACAUUGGUUACUUCAUUUUGCAAACCUACAUGCCUUCCACACUGAUUACAAUUCUGUCCUGGGUGUCGUUUUGGAUCAAUUAUGAUGCAUCUGCAGCCAGAGUUGCACUAGGAAUCACCACAGUGCUGACAAUGACCACCAUCAGCACUCACCUCAGGGAGACCCUGCCAAAGAUUCCUUAUGUCAAAGCAAUUGACAUUUACCUGAUGGGUUGCUUCGUGUUUGUGUUCCUGGCUCUGCUGGAAUAUGCCUUUGUAAAUUACAUCUUUUUCGGAAAAGGCCCUCAGAAGAAAGGAGCUGGCAAACAAGACCAGAGCGCUAAUGAGAAGAACAAACUGGAGAUGAAUAAAGUCCAGGUCGACGCCCACGGCAACAUUCUCCUCAGUACCCUGGAGAUCAGGAACGAGACGAGCGGCUCGGAAGUGCUCACGGGCGUGGGAGACCCCAAGGCCACCAUGUACUCCUACGACAGCGCCAGCAUCCAGUACCGCAAGCCAAUGAGCAGCCGUGAGGGGUACGGGCGCGCGCUGGACCGGCACGGCGCGCACAGCAAGGGGCGCAUCCGCAGACGCGCCUCGCAGCUCAAAGUCAAAAUCCCCGACUUGACUGACGUGAAUUCCAUAGACAAGUGGUCCCGAAUGUUCUUCCCCAUCACCUUUUCUCUUUUUAACGUCGUUUAUUGGCUUUACUAUGUACACUAAGGUCUGUCCCAAUGGUUCCUAAACGACUUCUUUCCUCCUCUUUUGAUUUUUAACCCCACAGGUCCCUAGCAGCGAUACUGCUGUGCUUUUUGAGGUAAGAGAUUCAGCCAUCCAAUUGGUUUUCGGUCUUGCAUAUCAAUUUUAUUACUGCACCAUGUUUACUUCAAAAGGAAACAAAAACUAUUUUUUUCCAGUCUACUGUGGUCCAGGUUAUUGGCUCUUUCAGAGCUUUGUUAAUUGCCAUGUUUACAAACACACACACACAAAGAGAGAAAUUAGAUAGGUAGAUCUUUAGCAGUUCUAGUCGCCCUGGAUUUUAGUAUUUUUUAAAUGCAAAUGAAAAGAGGGCUUAGCUCUCGGUGUGCAUGGCCUCCUGGUAAACUGUAACAAUCUCAUGCUGCCAAAAAA